UUGUUCACUUGGUAUAUUUCUGUAGUAGGGUCCAUGUCGUGCAGCUUAUUGAACGGAUUGUUAGGCUCCUUUUCAGAAGGAUAUACAUAUAAAGAGAAAAAAAAAUAUAUGUUCAUAAUAACAUUUAUAUAUAGCAUAUUAUAUUUAUGUGGAAUAUUCAUAACAGUGUUAGUAUUAAUUAAUAAAGAUUAUAAAACAGAGGAAGAUUUUGUACAAAUGUCUUAUACAAAUAAUUAUAAAAUGAUUAAGAAUAUGUUUAAUAAUAGACCAUUCAUAUUAUUAGUAAUUUCUUAUUCAUUUACAUUAUUAUGUGGUGCUGUGUGUUGUAUGUUAUUACCAUAUUUCUGUAGAUACAUAAUAGAAUCCAAUUUUUUGAUAAAUUGGAGUCCCUUAUUUUUUACCACAUCGAUGAUUAUUGGUAUACCUUUUUGGAUAUAUAUAAAUAAAAUAUUGUCAAUUAAUGAAAAGAAAUAUAAAUAUAUUUUAUCAUCAGGUUUAUUAUGUAUAUCAUUAACUACUUGUUCUUUGGUAGUUCAUAAAAAUGAUGAUGUGUUGUUUCUUUUUUUUUGUAUAAUUGGAGGGCUAACAACAGGAACCUUUUUUUCCAUAUCCGAAUCUAUGAAAGGAGAUGUUAUAGAUUAUAAUGAAUUUUUAUAUGGGAUAAGAAAUUAUACUACAUGUGCAGGAAUUUUUAUGUGUAUAUCAAAUAUAAUUGCCGGUAUAGGAUUAAAAUUAUCAUUAUAUUAUAUAAAUAUAUUUAAUGAUAUAAACUCAAGAAAUGGAUAUGAUAAGAAACAAUUUGUAAGGGCCAUACGAUCAUCCUUAUGUACAUUUAUAUGUCUCACCUUUUUUGUAAUAUUGAUAACCAUGUUUUUUUACCCUAUUGACAGAUUCAACCAUAAGAAAAUAUUGCAUGGAAUUAGAAUGAGAAAAACAGGACAAUGUGUUGAAGAUCCAUUAAACCCGGGAAAAAUAUUAUUACCAUUUUGUAAAUUAAAUAAUAGCACUUUUAUUUGA